AUGGGGAUCAAUCUUGCACCGUGUGUGUUGAUUUCUUUGGAAUAUGAACACAUACUUAUAUGGAGAGGACGAGAUUGGAGGUCAUCCUUACCAGAACCUGAAGAUGGUCCAAAAGAAGUGCACGAAGUUAAAUUUGAUGUGGCCUUGGCACAACCAGCAGUAUCAGCACUAUCAUCGAGUGUUCCAACCGUAUCAAUUGUUAAUCCAAACUCAAAUGAUCUAAACACAAGUGUAUCUCCUACAUGGAGCAAUGGGGAAUCAAAGCAAAGCAGUGAAUUGACUGAAGCUGGGGUUCAGAUUCUUAUCCCUACAGUCAAUAUGUCAUUGGAAGCUUCUCAAGCAGUCUUGACGGUGCAGAGUAUUAAUGAGGGGACUGAAAGAUUUCCUGUCCAUGCAAGCUCCAGUGGUGAUGAUUCAGAACCAUUCAGUGAAAUAAGUGAAAGCAAAACAAUAUUGGAUGACACUAAGAACGUUGAUGAGCUAGUGAGUUUAGGCCCACCAUGGACUGAGGGAGUUCUACUAAUUUUGAAGCAGGCCAUUGAAUGUGGGAGUGCAAUGGAGUUAGAUGAUCAUUGUUUGGAUGCUGACAAGUUGUUUAAAAUGAAAGUUGCUUUUGCUAAGACUGCUCCAACUGGGCUUGUCUUUAGGAAUGGACCUAAGAAGCUAGCAGUUCAAAGAGGCGAGAAAAAAGAGACUGGUGAUUUGGAGCUAAAGAAGAUGCUGCAGUUGGAGGGACUGAAAUAA